ACCACGUGCGCCCCCGCCGGGGAAGAAUGGACGGCGGCUCCGCGGCUCGCUCGCUGCGCGUCCUGGUGGACAUGGACGGGGUCCUGGCGGACUUCGAAGGCGCGCUGCUGCGGGGCUUCUCCGCCGCCUUCCCCGGAGAGCCUCGCGUGGAACUGGCGCAGCGAAGGGGCUUCUUGGCGCUGGAGCAAUACCGCUCCUUGCGGGAGGAUCUGGGGGUGAAGGUAGCCAGUGUGUACGAGUCACCAGGUUUCUUUCUGGGUUUGGAUCCCAUUCCAGGAGCUAUCGAAGCAAUGCAGGAGAUGAUUCAAAUGCCCAACACAGAAGUAUUUAUUUGCACAAGCCCUAUCCGGAAAUAUGAAUACUGCGUUCAAGAGAAGUACAGCUGGGUUCAAAAGCACUUGGGUCCCAAAUAUGUGGAGCGGAUAAUUCUGACCAGAGAUAAAACAGUUGUGUCUGCAGAUCUGCUCUUUGAUGACAAGGAUGCUGUUAAAGGGGUUGAGCCUAAUCCGAGCUGGGAGCACAUCUUGUUCUCUUGCUGUCAUAACAAGCAUCUAAAGCUGCAGCCCCCACGAAGGAGACUCGAGUCUUGGACUGAUGACUGGAGGGCAAUACUGGAGAGCAAGCGCUCCAAGUGAUGGCUGAAGAAAGGGGCGUGGACCUCAACAGGCAGUGAAAGUGACCCAAAACACCAGCUGGUCAUUAAACCCCACUGGAACGAAGCAAGACACCUACCCAGUGAGCUGGCCCAGACAGAAAUAUAUUUCCUAUUUGCAAGAGAAUAGUGUUUUGUCCUAAUUAAACAUUAACAAUGUGAGUUAUAGAGAUGUUAAA